CGGGUAUAUAAGCGACUGAACGACAAGUAAUAUCAUAACGACACAACUACCUACCUACCUACCUACCUACCUACCUACCUACCUACCUGUGUCUAUCUGCCUACGGAGAGUUGCAGGGAUGCUUCUUACCACGAGUGUGUUCCAGCUCGCGCUCUUCUGCCUUCUUAUAAGUAACUGUCAAGCUGCCAAGAACAGCGCCACGGAAAAGUUAAACGCUCAGUUGAUCAGUACGGUCCAGGAUACACCGAGUAGUAAUGUAUCAAUGAAUCAAGCACGCAACGGAGGAAGGCGUUUGACCAGCGCUGCGCGGAAAGAGCAGGGUCAGGCACAGAGACAGGUGGGCUGCAGAGAGCUGCGUUCCACCAAGUACAUCUCAGAUGGUCAGUGCACCAGCCUGAACCCGAUCAAGGAGCUGGUGUGUGCCGGGGAGUGUCUUCCCUCCCACCUACUGCCCAACUGGAUCGGCUCCGGUCCCGGGUACACCGGAAAGUUCUGGAGCCGCAGGGAGGCCCAGGAGUGGCGUUGCGUCAUCGACCGGACCCGGACCCAGCGCAUCAGCCUGCAGUGUCAGGACGGAAGCUCCAGGACCUAUAAGAUCACUGUGGUUACCUCCUGCAAGUGUAAACGCUACUCCAGGCAGAACAAUGACUCUGGGAAUGGGAAGUCAGAGCUGGAGGUCAGGCAGGCCCAGGGCCAGAGCUCCACACCCUAGGGGCCCAAGAGGAGGAAGGGAAAGGAAGGGAAGAAUGGACGUUCUGGGCAGGAGGACUGGGCAGAAGAACAGCCUAAAAAAUACUGAACUGAGCCCGCUGGUCACGGGGGCUCUGUACACCUCUGAGUGGUUGGAAGGUCUCUCUGUGCCCCCACUUCAGAAACAACACCAACAGACACUAGUUUUGUUUAGAAGGCAACAAUGUGUUUGCUGUAUUUAAUGCAGCUAUAUUGAGAAGGCUAUGGAAUGAUUCCUCAGACAGUGCAACUGGUUUGCCAAAUAUUGACCACUGUGGAUGUGUUUGUGUAUGUAUGGCGUUUUUGUAUGAUAGAAUGAGACUAGUUCAAAUCGCACAAGAACCGCAUUUGACAGCUAAGAUGAGGAGUUCUCUCAACAGAUGAAUAUUUUGUCCACAUCAUAAUGUUUAGAUUAACAGAAAAAGCCAGAGUAUGUAUAUAAAUAGUGAUUCUAUACUCUGGGUUACUUUUUAAUGUAUGUAAAGGAUGACUAUGACAAUGUAAUAUAUUUUUGUAUGGGGAUAGCUGAACUAAAUAUAAAUAAGUUCAUGUUUUUAUAUAUUUGCUAGAUUCUAUGUAAUCACUUUCAGGACAAAUUGUGUCUCAAAUUAUUUGCCUUGGAUAAUGAAAUAAAUCGUGUCUACUAUGAUUAGAUCACUGAUUGAAUAUAAA